UGCCACGUUAUCGCGACUUCAAAAUAUAUUAAAAAUGAAAUUAAAUUAGUGGAUUAAGUAACAUUCGUUAUAAUAAAUCCGAGAAAAUGCCGGAUCAGGACAAAGAUCUUCCAACGGACGCCCUUUUGGCCGACGUUUUCGUUCCGAUACCGAUUCAGAUUUUCCUUUGGAAACAAGUAGGACCGUUCAUCAAGCCGAAAUUGGGCAAACUUCACGAGGCUUCCUGCAUGUUUUGCCAACACGCCACCACGGGGCACCACGAGCUAAAAGAGGCCUGCAAGGUGUUCGAAAAGGUCCUCGUUCAAAACCUCCACAGCGGUCUCAAACCCGACCUGACCGAGGCGGUCAAAUCGAUCCCCAGGUGGCGCCUGAUCCAGGCAGCCCUGCCCCACGUGAUGCACUCGGUACAAUCGGUGCUCUACAACAGAAUGAAAGACGGCAACAUCCAGACUCUCGGCGCGGUAGAGACCAAAGUGCUCUACACGCUUCAUUGGAUCUUGCUGGAUGCGGCCGACGAGUGCGCCGACGCAGAUUACGAGAAGGGUAUCUUCCCCAACUCCCAGUUCCAUUACCUGUUCUCGAUUCCGACGAUGACGCUGUUCGUCUACCUGUUCGCGCCGCUGUGUCAAAAUCUGAAAGAGUCCGACUUUCAAAAUUUCCGCCUCGAGAACGGCCUGAAAAUAUGGCAGCCGAUGUGGGAGUUCAGGCACCCGGAGGCGCCGUGUUUCAUCUCCCACUGUAAGCCCAAACAGCGGUUCCUGCACGGCAAGGGCUCCACCUGGAGGUCGCAGUUUGGAGACGUGUUCGUUGGCCGAAAACCAUCGGAAAUCGAUCCGAUAGCCACUAAAGAGAGCCCGACGCUCAGUCAGCAGGUCAGCGCUUCUAGUUCCGAACAGCAAAAUUUACUUGCAGGUUUGACGACAACGACGACGGUGAGCGUGACAGCACCUCCGCCGAAGUACGACGAUGAGACGGGAUGGGUGUCGUCGCCAAAAGAUACCGUUUUUCCGGAAACCAUCCCGGAAGAAAGCUCGAGCACGGAAGAAGAACACGUGGUGAUAUUCCGGCUGCCUUCAUUGCACGAGACGGACGGGUUUCUCAGAGACCCGUCGAUCUAUACGGCGGAAACCAGCAUAAUCCAGCUAGCGAUGAGGAGAAACGGCCGCACCAACAACAUCAACAAGAGCGAGCACGUCCAAUCGUCGAUGACGGACAAGAUCCCUCGGCCUCCAAUGCAAAAAGCGGGGUCUUCGACGGACAAGGACUCGAUGGAUAGCGGCAACAAACCGGUAGAGGCAAACGAGCCGCCACCAAAAUUCGGGUCUCACCACAUCAUGGACCUACCCUCGGCUACCUUCCUGGAUGUCGCGGUACUGCGGUGCCUGUUUAUAACUCAUUGGCAGGAGGAGGGUAUCUACUGGGCGCUACAUUUCCUUUACAACAGGUUAAGAGAUAUAAGCGAGGAAACGGCAGCCCAACAUCAACCGAGGAAGCGCAGCAAUUCGCUGCCCAUCCCGAAGAUAGAGGUCUCUUUUUAUCAAAAUGACAACAAGCGGAGCGAGAAUAGUAAAGACUUCAUCGAAGUGCCGGAACCCAAGGACGUGUCCCUUCUCACCGAAUCGCCGUAUUCGAACCAGAAGCAAUCAGACGGGUCCCUUCACAAAAGGACGGCCAGCGAGAAGGGACGCAGAAGAAUGAAGAUUGCCGACCUUAAGGCGUUCGUGGAGACCAAGCUAUUGUCGAAGUCGGACAAGGCUCUCGAGAAGAUCGGUCAGGAGGAACCCAAACCGCUGGAACCGUCUCAACCGGUGGGUUUCGAGAGUAUUGCUCGAAGAGCACUGAAUGAGUAUCACCGGAGCCUGGACACUGGCGAAGAUUUGUCGAGGAAGAACUCGGCAUUGUCUAAAACGUUCGAACCCAUUAUCAGCAACUUGGUUAAGGGGAAGAGUAUGCCCAGUCUCAGCUGUUUGUUAGACGAAACAAAUCCCGAAGGGUACGUCGAGGAGAACAGAUGGGACGGUAGACGGCCCAGCAAGCUUCCUCAGAACCAACCGAUGGCGAAUCCCAUCAUAACUGUCACCGAGCACACCCCCACUCCAUCGCCCGACUAUUUGAGGCGACAGGGAUCGAUGGAUAGUCAAUUGGACACGGUGAGCUUGGCGGAGAAGGCCGAUCAGUGGGAAGAGCGGAAAUCGAGUCUGACUCGGUCCCAAACCGAUUCCAACAUUAUCUACAGCAGCAGCGACUCGCCAAAAGCACCCGGAGCCGACUGCUACAUCACCAAAGAUGGCGAUAUCGAUUUUUACGUCGUACUGAAGGUGGUGCUCGCGACAAACCCUCAAACUCAUUCCGACUUUUUUUUUUCACGCCUCCAGGCGGUCUACAGGACGUCGCUGCGCGAAAGCGUCUCCUGCACUCUGAGAGUUCUAGAAGUGAUUCUCAAUUUGCUGGAAUUGCUCGUCGACAUGGGCAUACUUAAGCAAUCCGUGAAGGAGCAGAUCAACGCGACGACCCCAACGGCAGAAGAGGCGCAGAAGAAAGCCGGAGAAGAAUUCGGAGACGAGUUUCUCUGCGGUGACCAGCCGAUGGCGCCGCACAAGAUGAUCAUGAACACCAUCGUCAGAGUGUUGAAGCACCUCGGCUGCCCGCACGGUUGCGCCGACGGGCAGCGCGGUCCUGCUGCGGAAUUCCUGCGUACGCAGUGCCAAAACCUGUUGGCGCGACUCAACAAGGCCGGCGCCAAUCAAUUCAAAAAGUUCCUGCGGGAGUACGUAAAAUCGCAGCCGCUGGCGGACAUCAUGGAUAUUCUGCACGCCUACCUCGGCUAUUGCGUGGACCCCGCGUCACUGCUGUCGCCUCUGAGCGUCGGCGGCGUGGGCGGCGGCACCAGGGGCGUCGAAGGUCAAGUCGUCACGCACUGUCUGAAGCCGCUCGUCACCAGAUUCGUGAGGGCGAUGAAGGAAAUCAAAUCGCCCGAAAAUAUGGGCUUGUAUUGCGAAAUUCGCCUCCUGAUGAUCUACGUCAAGGAGGGCCACGGCGGAGUGUUUCGACGCGUCGCCCUUAGCGCCUUAAUCGACACCGCGGACAGAGAUAACAAAAAGGAGUCCAACAUACAAACCACCCGAGUAAUUAGGCAUAUGCACCCUUCGGAGCUGGAAGAUCAAAUGGACGGCCAGUCGGACGUGACGUACACGAUCGACGAUAAGGGCAUCGUCAGAAAGCUCUUCUUCAAAAAACGCAGCACCUCGUCGACCUGCGCGAGCCUGCUCGAAACGGAAGCGGACGAGAUAUCGAAAUCGAACCAGAGCCCGUUGGGAAACCUGCGCAAGAAGCACCACAUCCUGACGCCCCGGCAAAGUGAGAAAGCGCUCGGUAUAGCCCUCGAGGCGGGCCUCCAAAAGACGCGCAAACAGAAAAUGGGCGCCAUCGCCAAUUGGUUCAAGAAAGGCGAGAAUCAGUCGGUCGACGAGGUCGACUGCGGCGACAACGGCGAUUCGUUCAACGACACGGCCAGUUUUAUACGUCAGUCGUCGAAAUUCAGUCAGCACCGGGGCUCAGGCAAGGUUCACGUGGGCUACACGUUCCAGAAGGCGAAACGCCGAAUGGAGGACCGGCUCAAGUUUUUGAAGAAGGGCAAGAAGAAAGACGGCAGCAUGGAGGAGACGCUCGGCGGAAAUUUCAGCCGCAGAAACUCGUUCGAGUUCGGCGAAACGUCUCGCGAAUCCGAGUUUGUGUUCCUUAAAGAGCGCAAACUGAUCCGAACGGGCACGGUUUAUAACGGAGCUCUGAGGCUGUCGUUUCUGCUCGAAACGUGUCCCCCAGGCUCGGUUCCCGACGCGUUCUUAUUGGCCUCCGCGUUGGACCUGCCUCACUCUGCGGUGGUAGCUCGGGCUACCCUAUUCCUAGAAUGCGCCUAUUUCGUGCACUGUUGCAACAAGGGGCAAUGGCCGUCGUGGAUGAAGUUGAACUUCCCGGUGUUCCGGCCGUCGGGACCGCUGCCGACCAGAGGCAACUGUCACAACGUCAACCGCAGGGCACAUGUAAUGCAAAGGGCGGCGGGCAAAAUGUUCUACCAGUGGGCGGAGAUUAUCGGCCAGCGGCUGGAAGAGAUGAUCAACGAGGAUAAAAAUACUCAGGCGCAGAUAUCGGCCAUGGUAACAGACCCGGACAAACAAAAGGAGCUCCAGAUCCAAGACGAGGAGGAGGACUUCCUCGACGAAGCGAGUAUCAACACGUUCGGUUCAAAUUGUCCGACCGCCUUGCGUCUCAUUGCCUGCGUGCUCUUGCAAGAGAUCACUGCAUUCCUCAGGGAGACGUACCAGACGCUGCCCAAGUCGUCUAGGAUCGUCGGCAAGGAACGCGCGCCUCCGUGGGAGAAAUUCUACAAUCGCGAGGCCAACCGGAGGUGGAGCAUGGCCCUCUCUUCGAUGGGACACUCCCAAACGUCGGCCCAGAGUUUGCAGAGUAUCGUGGGAGAUCGCGAUCCUGCAAUAGGCCAGACGGAGAGGAAGAUCAGCUUCGUGCUUCACGAGCCCGACAACGAGUCUGAGGAGAGCGGUACCACUACGGUCACCACCCAGAUGAUGCAGGAGGACGGCAAACGGCAGAGCCGCCCUUAUUUGCUGAGGAGAGCGACCGCCGCUACCGGCGGAGGUUCGUUUAAAAGACGAAGCCUAAAGUUGCGUAGAGGUACCAAGGAGGGCAAAGACAUGGAAAUCGAAUGGCGCAUACCGGAAACGGUCAAGCGCACCGAUUCCAUUCAGUCGAAACGGAAGGUCAGCUCGUUGUCCGAUAGGAGCGACACCUCGGAGCCGGGGGUCGCUGGGGAAGUGAGCGGAGAAGAAUCUCCUGGUGUCUUGAGCGACGACCAGCCUCCGGAAAGUCCCAGCGAUAGCAACGAGAGCGAAGACACCACGAAACAUAUGCCGUGGAUGAAGGUGAUGGUCCAAGUGGCAAACUCCUUCUACUACUUCUGCCCGCACCAAAACUUUUGCCACCCGUUCUGCUAUCGCCGCGUAAUGAGGGGUUGCACGAGACUGAUAAAAGCUACGCGAAAAGUCUACGGUGAAGAGUUCGGCUUGGUGUCCGAGCAGGAGCCGAAAAAAAAGGGCACCAAAAAGGAGAAGAACCAGAACAGGAAGGUGUCGGACCAAACCAGCUCGCAAGUGUCGCCCAUCAAGAGGAAAGACAGCGUCGGCAAAAAGGAUAAAAUCGAUAGGAAUCUGGACGGUUCGCAGGCGAGCAAGUUGGCGUCCAAGGAGUCGUCUAGAGAUAUGGCCGAUUCCGACAGAGUCAACGGCUCCUCCCAGACGAGUGAUGACAGCAAACCGACUGAGCCGCCUCCCAUUUUAAAAUACAUCCAAACCCAGGUCAAAGAUGGUUUCCACGCUCCCCUAGCGGCAUUAUUAAAGGGAGCGGUCAUAUUGACCGAGGACAACUUCGUCGACAUAAUACCCGUGGCGUGGGAACUGUUGCUCGAGAUGAACCAGGAGGUGGUGGCUGCUGCCGCGUCCCUAUUCAUUUUGGCGGCGGUCAAAACUCCCGCGCACGUAGCAGAAAUUAUGCAGCACGGCCUUUCGCAUUCGGAGGCGACCGUGAGGAUCAACGCUAUCCUGAGGUUCCAGGUCUUGUGGAAGAUGCGUUUUCAAGUGUGGCCCCGCAUGGAGGAAAACGCGCACGUGCUGUUUAAGGUGCCGCCACCGGGCAUCGAGUUCACGUUGCCGUCGCCAAAGAUCGGCAUCGAGUCGCUUGAUGUGGUCGACUCGCCGUGGGAGCUGUUGGUCAAGACUAAAGUCGAGGAGGUGACGAUCAACCAAGAGCGGCACAGGUCGCUCGUCACGGCGACCAAGACCCGCAAGAAACAACAGACUGAGCUUAUCAAGAUGGCGCUGCAAGCGCAAGACGACAAAAAGAGGGAGGAGAGGGAGAACUUUUUGAUCACGACCAUACCGAUCACGACGCUAGCUGCGCACGAACCCAGCUUGCACCAUGUAAGCGAGGAGCACGAAGACGACGACGACCAGGCCGAGGGUCAGCCGAGGAAUGCGGGGCACCACCUCCACUCCGCCCACUCCUUGUUUCCUUCUUGUUUGUGUUCGGCGGUGAUACAAAUAAUCAACCUCCUCGACGACGCCGCCGUUUCUUCGGAAGGCUGCGCCGUAUACGAAGUGGCGUACUCGUUAAUUUGGACGUGCCUCGUCGAAGACAGCGCCCUCUUCCUGCGCUACGUUCUGGAACGACUGACUCGCGAAAAACAAGACCAGAUGUUUAAGAUUUUGCGGCACCUGAUCCGGUUCAUACCGAAGCUGCCCCAACAGGCCGCGUUUGCCUUGUACAACCAUAUCAUCGGUUACGUCAUGUUCUACGUCCGUAGUCCCCACGAAGACGGGCAACUGCUCAUCGGGUCCGCGCUUUCGAUACUGUGGAUGGUGGUGCACAGCGUCCACGGUAUAAUGUUCAAAGACUUGAAGCAGAUCCUACGUAAAGAGCAGUGCGACGCGUCCAUAUUGUUGACGGCUAACGUGCCUUCGGCCAAGAAGAUCAUCGUUCACGGACCUCAAGACCCGGGAGCUGCGGGAAUACCGUCCCAGUUUCCGGUGCAAGAGGACACCCAGUUCUGUCAGAUUUUGCGGGAGGCGUUGGAUUUCUUCGGCAUCGAUGAGGACAAGCACGACGAGUACUUCUUGGUCGACUUCAAGACUCAUCAGAUCAGAAACCCUUCCGCGUACGUAAGAGAUUAUUACUUCUUUAAGCGGUCCCAAUAUCCCCAGCUGGAGCUCACCCACAUGGAGCCGGAAAAAGCGUUCCAUGCGUUGCAAAAACAGGAAGUGGUUCACAAAUUCGUCGAGAUCGGUAAAGUUCUUCUGACCUGGGCCAUAUUGAAAAACGUCGACAUGGUAGUGCAACGGGUGGUAUUUCUUCACGAAGAGCUGAUGAAGUUACCGUCCUUUCCCAGGAAAGCUCUGGAGUCCGAUCUGGAGCUGUACAAGAACGGUCCCUUAGGCAAAGAGCUCCUAGGUCUCGACGUGCUGCAUAAGUUUAUGUGGGUGAGGCUCAUCGCUAGGAUGUUCGAAGCAAUGGCCGGCAAUUUCGCAUACUCCGGCGACAUUCACUUGUUUGUCAACGUGCUGAACGGCGCUCUGAUUCUCCACUCAGAGGACGCGUGCAUCUUGCGAUACGUCAUGGCGACUUAUAUCAACGCCGCGUUCAACUUCAAGAAUAUAUUUUCAACCAACGGAUAUCUGUUGAUAAUGCCGACCCUACUGAAGAUCUACUCCAAUCACCAAACGAACAAGCUGGUGACGACCACGAUCGAAUACGCGGUAAAAGAAUUCUACACGAUGAACAGGAAACCGUUCAUCCUGCAGAUGUUCGGCUCGGUAUCCGCCAUGCUCGACACGGACGAGGAAGGCACGUAUGGGAACGCCCACAAGAUCCAGUCCAGCUGCCUGUUCAAUCUGUUGUUGAGCUUGGAGACCCCGUCGCCCGACCCGUUGAACAUCGCCGAGCUCGUGAAGGAACCAGUGAAGGCGAUCGAUUUCUGUUACCACGACGAGGACAACGACGUUACCAUCCUCGAUUGCAUUUCCAUGUGCGUAAUGGUAGUAUCGUAUUCGGCGGAGAGCAGCAGGGGAUACCAGAUGUUGGUGAUUUUGGAGGCGAUUUUGCCGUACUACGUGGACCAGAUUCGGAAACCGGCCUACAUAAGCAAUUCGAUCAAAAAAUUCAAGAAAAACGAACGCGAUAUCAUCCACCAGUUGUCGGUGGCGUUGCGUUGCCUGAUUGAGAAUUGUGCCGAGCUCACCAAAUUCAGUUCGAAAAGAGUUUACAACGGCCCCUACAGAUCUAGCCCGGAGCACAAAGGCUCCAGUCAGAGGAACUACCGCGGUCCUUAUUCGCCCACAGCGUUCGAUUUCGAAGACGAUUCCCACUCCAAAUUCAUGAGCGAACAUUGUCGCGCGAAAAGUAUGUACGAACACGACACCGAAGACUCGGAGAUAAUGCGGGCGGAGUACAGGAGACCCCGAGAUGUUCUUUUGUCUCUGGUAGGGGAGUUCAUGUACAAAGUGUCGGACAGACUCAACGAAAUCAACAAAAAGGAGGCCGACGGGAAAGUGGUGGAGAUCUUGGACUGCAGGUCGCACGUGAGGCUCGCCGAUAUAGCCCACGCCCUUUUGAAAGUAUCCCCUUACGACCCGGAGUCGAUGGCUUGCCGCGGCCUGCAGUAUUAUAUGACUUACGUCCUACCGUCGACCGAUUGGAGCGACGACUCUAUGAGAGCAGCAUUCGUCACCUUGCUGAAGAGGCUGGAGAAAGUGUUCACUAAGAUUCAGAAGAAACCUUCUAUCCGGAGAAAUACGGAUUGGGAUGCGGCAGCUGGUUUGUUGAAGGGUGUGUACAACACCAUGAUUAAGUACCCCUACAUCAUCAACUGGCAUCAGAUAAAGCAGUUAAUAUCGGUCUGUCAGAGCUUAAUAGUGACCGAAUGCUGCUUGGAAGGCGUUUCCGGGGCGACGGCGGCGAUUUUAGGUCAGGCGCCGCCUCCAAACUUCUGCUCGAUGGUGGUGCGCCUGAUAUCGCUCCAAAUACAAAGCACCCAGGACUCCGGGUCGCUGGAGACGGUCUGUGGCGGCUCGGUGUUCCCCACGCAGGAGAAAACGGAAAGCAUGAUCAUAAACCUGGUGAUGCCUCUUUGUUUGAGAGUGGGCAGCGGCAGGAAAGACGUGCCCCAGAUGAAGAAGUCGGACGUGAGCUUCGCCAUUACGCUGGUCCUUCACGCCAUGAGUCCCCCGAAUAUGAAAACCCUCGCUCAGUCGGGGCCGAACCCAAAAGGAACGGCCGAGACCAGGACCGGGAGUUUGACUUUUACCGGCACCAGGGACACUAAGACGGCGUCGAAGAUCAACAGUUCGUUAUAUCAAGUGUCGUUCCUGGCCUUGAAAAUGAUUUCGAUCUGCUUCGAACAAGAACUGAUCCACGACUGGAUGAAAAUCGGACGGACGAUGAGGGAGCUGGGCAAGAGGAACGAAGCCGCCACUUACCUGUGGGACUUUCUAGAUUUCGUCGUCACCCACCGUACCCCCUUGUUCAUUUUGAUGCAGCCCUUCAUUUUUCUCAAGCUCGCGCAACCCCCGAUAUCCGAUUUCGAGCGCAACAUGCACCAGAAAAUACGCGACAAGAUCCGCUGCAUAGGAUUGCCCCUGCCCAAGAGCAAGGGGGCCGUCCUGAUGGAGCUCGCCAACCGUAUGAAGCAGUUGAAGGAGGAGCUGUCGGAGUCUACCGACACGUCCAACAGCUCGAAGAAGGAUACAGCGCCACCGACGGUGCAGAUGACGACGGAAACGACACAACGUUCCCAAAGGCAGUCGCUGAUCGGCCUGCUUACGGGAGAUCUUCACCAGAGAAGCGCCGCUCACGAACCUUUCCAAGCCCACAUCAAAGGUUCCUCGUCCAAUACGAGCCACGUAUCUACUCCGGUGCAGAAGACAGCGACAGGUAGCGACGAGCACAGUGGCAGCGGUACCGGGGGGUCGACCCCGUGCAACGCCCAGGAUCGUUCAUCGCAAAAGUCGUCGGCCAGCGACAAUCACGCUCCAUCCCUUAAAAAUGAACCUCUUAUAUCUCAUAAGGCUCACAAGCUACGCUUUGUUUCUUCCGUAGAAUUUAGACAUUCUUCAGGUGAAACUUCGACGACACCGUUGAGUCCCUCGAGUCCCGUAGGAGAGUGCGCGGGCGAGUCGCAGCAGAAGUCGCGCCUGCAACGGAUGAUGCCGCAAAGCAGGAAGACGUUUCGCCUGCGAAGCCGUAGCAGGUCCAAGAAAACCGACGUAAUUUAUUGCCGGCACCGCUUCCAGCGUAUACCCCUCAACCUCGCCUUUCAGAUCGCCCACCUGAAGCUGGACUCCGAGCUAGGCUCGCCUCCUCAACCGCAGACGUUCAUCCAACAGCCCUCGAACGAGGUUCAGUCUCCGGCAGAGUCGCCCAGAGCUCUUCAACCGCCACUUCAGCCUCAGCCGAGUCAGGCUGCGCAUCAGUCUCAGAACGUGUUAGACUCACAUCGACUGCGCAUCGCCACCAGAGGAAAGUCUGCCGACGGAUCUUGGGACGAAGAUUCCGCCAUCUCGCAGACUUCCAGCACGUCAGGGUACAGGGAGUCGUAUCCGGUGAUGCACCUAAAAGACACCCUAGAGUUGAGCCCGAAAACAUUCCCGCCGCUGGCGUCGCCAGAGCUUCACUCGUUGCCGUCAACCAGCAGCGCGGCGACCAAUAAUUUUCUUCACUUCGAUAAUAGCUCGCCCGACUGUUCGUUGAACGAGAAUGGCGAAAAAACGGCCCUGCUGGGCAAAGAAGACAAGUCGUCGUCGAAGGACUCCCUGCUGAUGGUGUUCGAGCAGCAGGAGCAAGACGAAACCACCUUGAUCUAGUGGGGCUAAGGGGGGU